AUGCCGGCCGGGGCCGCGAUCACCGGGCUGGCACCGAGCCGGGGCAACGAGAACGUCCCGGGUGCCGGGGGCGCUGCCCGACCCCGGCCAAGGAGCCGCUCGGGGCCCCGGUGCCGUUCGAGCUCGGCCCCGCCGCUCCCGGCGAAACGGGCGCGGAGGCUCCGGUUCCACCGGGGUGCCGGCCCCGGGACACGGCCGGGCACCUGCGAGGAGCGAGCCCCGGCAGGGGUCGAGGGCUCCUCGCCCCCCGGGCGUCACCCACGCGUGUCCGCGGCCCCACGGUCCGGCGCGGAGCUGCGGGGCUGCACGGGGCUCACGCCGGGACGGGCCCGGCCCCGCUCCACCUGUCCGGGACGAGGUCCCUCCCGCUCCGGCACCGCCGCGCUCCCCGAGCAGCCCGGGCGGCCCCGCGGCAGCCGCGGACACGCGUGCGCUCCCCGGGAGCCGCUCCACGAGCACCGAGCGCGCGGAGCCGCCCGCACCGCGCUCCCCGUGCGCGGCUUCCGGCACCGGGCGGGGAAAGCGCCGCCACCUGCCCCGGGCCGGGCCCGCCGCCGCCACCGCCACCGCCGGUCGUCCCCGGGCGGGCGCCCCACGACCCGCGGCCAGCGCGGCCGGAGCUUCCCCGCGGGCUCGGGCCCCACGGGCCGUGCCGGGGGUGGGCGCCGCCGCUCCCCGGGCCCGGGGCACCGCGCGACGUGGCGCGGCGCGGAGCCCUCCCGAGCGCCCGUCCCGCCGCGCAUCCCCGGUGGGACCCUCCGGCCGAGCCCGCUCCCCCGGGCCGCGGGUCGCGCACCUGCCCCGCGGGCUGCGCCGCCCCCGGCAGCCCCGUGGGGCCGUGCUGAGUCACGCGUGGGGCGGGAGCCGGGCCGCCCGCGCCCCCCUCCCCGCGCCGCCGUGCCCGGCCCCCGCCCGCCCCCUCCCCGCCUCGCUCCCCGGCAGGGCUGCGCCAAUCCCCCGGCCCCGCCGCUGACGGGCAGCCGGGCCCGGGAGGCGCCGCCUCCCUGA